UACCUAAUUAACACACUGGGUCCAAUAGAGGGUACCUAAUUAACACACUGGGUCCAAUAGAGGGUACCUAAUUAACACACUGGGUCCAAUAGAGGGUACCUAAUUGACACACCAGGUCCAAUAGAGGGUACCUAAUUAACACACCUGAUCCAAUAGAGUAGUGGUUUCCAACCUGUGGGGCGCACCCCCCUAAGGGGGCACGAAGGGCUGCCAGGGGGUGCGUAAGCACUUCAUAAAGUGGAAAAAUUACUUAGUAGAUGAUUAUAUAUCAACAUUAUUGAUUUUGAUGGAAUACAUAAUUGGUUAAGUAUUGAGAAAACAUUUCAGAUAUGAAUUAUGAAAUGUUAUUGUCUAAAUACAAUUAUAAUUUAUUUCAAAUGCUACUAAGUAACUAAGGAAUUAAACAACUAUAAAAGAUAGAGAGAGAAACGUGCUGUAAAUAUAAAUAUUGUAAUGAUUACCAGAAACAACGCAUCGUUUGUAUGGUUCCCAUUCGGUUCACGUCUCGGACACGUCAGUACUCCAGCUUUGGGAGUUGGCUGUGUGGCCACACCGCCACAGUAGUAUGAGGGUGCGGUGGUAAGACGGUAGCUCUGUGACCGUUCUGGACGUAACAAGUGCCUCAUAAAUAUAACUGUUAAUUGCAAAAUUACAAAGCUAAGGAAUAGUUUUGAGCGUGUGCAUUUGUUUAUUUCACUAAAAUUUUGAAAUAUGGAAAAGUAUUUGAUUAAAGGCAAAAGGAAAGCAACUGAAAGUGAACCUCACUCCAAUAAAUGUGAUGAAAGUAGCAAGCAUACGAAAACCAGAAAGUAUGACAACAGCUAUCUCGCUUGGAUUUACAUCUACGGUUGUUAGUGGAACGGAGAGACCUCAAUGUGUGUUGUGUUUAAAUAUUUUGGCCAUGGACAGCAUGAAACCAAGCAAAUUGAAGCGCCACCUUGAAACACAGCAUCCUGAACAUGUUGGCAAAUCUCUGGAAUUUUUUAAAAGGAGACUUGAUGAAUUUAAUAAACAGAGGCGGGCUUUCAUGAAGACAUCUACCACAGCUGCAAGUGCUUUGCUUGCUUCUUAUAAAGUUUCCUACAUAAUUGCAAGAUGCAAAAAAGCUCACAACAUAGCAGAAACCUGGGUAUUACCCGCUGCUAUUGACAUGGUGGAAAUAAUGCUCGAUGAACAAAGUGCCAACAAGUUACGCAGCAUUCCUCUUGCAGAUAAUACAGUUGGCAGAAGAAUUUCAGACAUUAGUGAUGAUUUAUGUGAUCAGUUGACAGAUGUACUUAAAUAUUCGCAUUUUGGGUUGCAAAUAGAUGAGGCUACUGAUGUAGUGAAAGAUGCUCAUUUAAUAACUUAUGUGUGCUAUAUAUCUGCCAAUGAAAUUAAGGAAGAUCUGUUGUUUUGUAAACCUAUUGUUGGUAGAGCCACAGCUGUAAAAGUGUUCAACAUGAUUGACAAUUUUUUCAAUGAACAUGGAAUAAGCUGGGAAAAUUGUGUUGGACUGUGCACUGAUGGAGCCCAGUCAAUGGCAGGACGACAUGCUGGACUGCAAGCUUUGGUGAGGGAAAAGGCUCCACACACUUCAUGGACGCACUGCAUGCUUCAUAGACAGGCACUUGCAUCAGGCAGUAUGAAUGAAGAGUUAGGUAAUUUGCUCAAAGAUGUUGUCAGGGUUGUAAAUUACAUAAAGAACAGUCCAUUGAAAGGAAGACUGCACAGUUAUGUAAAGAUUUUGGUGCUGAACACACUGCUCUACUGUAUUACUGUGAAUCACGCUGGCUAUCCCGUGGAAAAGUACUCCAUAGAGUGUAUGAACUUAGAAAUGAAAUUGCUACAUUCAUUUGUGAAAAUAAAAACAAAAAUGGAGACUUUUUCACAGAUGAUUAUUUCAUUAAAAAACUUGCUUACAUGGUUGAUAUCUUUGAGAAACUUAACCAACUGAAUCAGUCUAUGCAGGGGCUCCACAUGAAUAUUUUCGCACAGAGUGACAAAAUACGUGCAUUUAUGAAGAAAAUUGAGUUAUGGAAAAGGAAUGUAGAAAAUAACAGUUUUGACAUGUUACCAAACUUGCAAGAGUUUCUCAAACAUACUAGCGUACUAGGUGGAAAUGAAUUGUUUGCUGAGCACUCUCCUGGGGAAGUGCUCAUUUUACUUUAAAGAUGUAGACACAAGUGAUUACGAAUGGAUAAGAAACCCAUUUGGUGAUAACUCUACAAGCACACUGUCUACAGCUGACCAGGAGCAACUUAUUGAUUUGUCAUGUGACGGUUCGCUGAAACUUGUGUUUGAUGCAGGACCUUUGGAAAAAUUUUGGUACCCUUCCUUGUCAACUAAGGCCAUUGGCAUUUUAUUACGUUUUGUGACAUCAUACUUGUGUGAAUCAGGAUUUAGUUCAGUUGCUGUCCUCAAAACAAAAUACCGUUCUCGCUCAGUAAUAGAAAAGGAAUUAUGGGUCUCAGUUUCAUCACAUUCUCCGAGAUUUGAGAAACUCUGCUCAGAGAAGCAAGCGCAACCAUCACACUAGUAAAGGUAAGCCUAUACAUUCAGUCAUACAUAAUUAUGUAUUGUAUAAUUUUUUUUUAUCGCUGAUUUGUGCCGACUAUGACAGUAAAUAGCAGUAUUUAAACCAGAGUGGAGGGGGCGCAGGGAACUUGUCAUUUAACGAAGGGGGGGCGAGAAUUCAAAAAGGUUGGAAACCACUGCAAUAGAGGGUACCUAAUUAACACACCUGGUCUAAGUCAAAGCCUUACCACACCUGUACUAUCCUCAGGUGCAGCCAGCAAGGAGGCAAGCGGCUCAUCUGUCAGUGUGCGCCUACCAUACUCACAGCCACACCAACGGAGGGCCAACGACACCCAAGUCUAGCCGCAGGAACAAAUGUAGUGUGGUGACAAGUAGUGAGGUCACCACUGAAUCUGACACACCUGCUGAGCCUGACCUGGUGUCUUUCUGUGCUACCCUGGGCAACAACCGAGCCCUGAUAGUCCCUACCCUCUUCAAGCCAGGUCAGUCAUGGUCAGGGGAAGCUCAAAUAUUUCAGAACAGUGCAGGGAUUAUCUCCAACACAAAUGGAGACCUGCAAAAUGUACCUGUCUCCCUCUAUAUACCAGACAAGCAAUCCCUCAUAGGGUGGCCCAGGCAAAGGACUAUACUCUCAUACACGCAUCAUUCAUACUCUUAGUUCUGUCACCUCCUGGUGGUUAGCAGUCAUCUCGUAGACCACUCUGCUACACCCCAGGAACUUAGGCAUAGCACAUCAGGUCAUAUACUUGGAAAAUAAAGUGAAAAUACUUGCUCCUGACAAGCUUACAAAACCAAUAGUGCACUUGUGAACUCCUCCUAAACUAAGGAGAUAAAACACUGUUAUAUUAGGUGCCUAAGAUUGAAAAGUAGAUAGACUAAAGCACUUACUGUUUUGUGCCAGUUAGUGUGGAGUUAACACUUGGAGAUUGAGAAAAGUACAAGGGGAAGAGACAGUUCACUUCUUAGCCUGGUCUGAGUGUACCAUUGUUUGAGGCAGGUGUUAGGCUGGCAUGUAUAUGGAUGGACAGGAGAGACAAAGCAGCAGGAAUAUGGCUAGAUUUAAAAACCGUGAGGAUUAAGAUUGUUUUCAAAUUGAGUGGUAAUUGAAUGAUAAUGAGGUUGUUAAUGCCAAGUAAAUAGUGAGUUUCAAAAGAUUACACAUAUUUAUGAACCAGGGUGAUUGAUCAAAAUAGGUAGGCAUGUUCAGGGACUGACUGCCCUAUGUAGGGCUGAUGGCUUCUUGCAGCUUUUGUUGUUUUUGUGCUCUUAUGUUCUUAUAAGGGAAUAAAGUCUUAAUGAGUAAUGAUGGAAGAAAAAGACAAGGUUAGUCAUCAGGACCAAUAAACUGGCAUUGGCACUGGUGGCUCUUGGUUUGCAUAAGUUGUUUUACAUUAAUUAGUUUAAUGUGACUUAAAAUAUAAUAAAUUAAGCCCUUUCACUGCAUUAAGCAACAAUUUGCAGCAUUAAGAAGUAUGUAUGAAAUCUUUAUAAGCAUGUGCAAAAAAGAAGAGCAUGAAAAAGAAUAGAUUUUGCAAUUUUUGGUGGUGUAGUGUAGUGUUUGGGGUAGAUCAGCAACAGACAUGCCAGAGUGCUGAGUGACUGAGGAAAGAUUUGACAGACAGCAGGAAAAGGGUUCAUUGAAUUUACGUGAUCUUUUCACCUCGGCACGACCCGUCGCUGUGCUUACAUAAAUAUUAAGGAAAUUUGUUUCCUUUUUUUCUGCAUUUUUGUUGUUUCAGCUUUUACAUUUAAGGUUGGGGUUAAUAAACAAAGAUAAACUAUAUGAAUUAGCAUUAUUCAUUUAUAGGUUAGGUUAGGUAAGGUUAUCACAGUGAAAGGGUUAAAAGAAAUCCAUCCAUCCAUACAUAUGUUCCCUUAUUUACCCAUAUGUUUGCACCCCAAGCUGACUAACCACCACCCUGCCCACCAGACGGGGACUACCAAACUGUGGCUGACAUGGUGGGUGGCAGUCACUCCAUUACAGAGUCAACUACUAGUCACGAGGAAAGUUUGGACGAGGCCAGAAGUGCGUCAUCCCACUGCAGGUCACGGGGACAGGAACUGCAGGCCAGGCAGGGUCACCGUCCCUCCCACGGCGACCCGGAUUAUAGCUAUGCUCACCCUGUGAAGAAGCAGUACCUUCCCCCACCCCUCCACUGUCCUCCACUGACAGCAACAGGUGUAUGAGUUAGUGAUAGUGAGGUCACUGACAGACAGACUCGCCAAAUUGUUCAUUAGUAAAAGUUCCAUGGCCACUAAGUUUGUAAUCUGCUUCUGUGUUUGUAUCUUUCCAGCCUUUUUAUUCAUUGAUGUACACUUUUGCCUUUCACUGCUUCCUCCUGUAAUCCAUUCUAUAUCUUUAUAUAUUUACAUGGAAAGAUAUGUUUGCAUUAUUUGGACAUUCUCUCUCUCUCUCUCUCUCUCUCUCUCUCUAAUAUUGAGGUUCAUCUCUUGUCCAUAACAAAAGGGCAUUUCUGUCUGGUUCCUCAGGUUGGUUGACUAACCCUAAAGCUGCAGGGGUUUUCACACAUUUCUCCAUUCCAUAUGUCUCUACUCCUUUGUGGAAAGAUGUGUGUUAUUUAGGAAGCUCUCUUCUGUCCAAGUUUCUUUUCAUCUUUAUCAUCAUGUGUCAAGUCAUCCAGUUCUGGCACUAUCUUAGUGGCUGUUCUUUGAAUUCUUUCCAAUCUCUACAUGAAACAUCACCGAAUUAAUUAAGCUUAGCAGAAAUUAUGUGAUGUGCCCUACUGAUGCUGGUGUGAAGGCGAGGUGUUUGUAGUGAGCCGUGUGAUGCCUUCCCCAGUGCUGAAUAUGGAGAGAGCAGCCAGGCGACACCAUACACUGGAGUUUUCUGAGGAGGAGUGCGACCACCCCUCCAUCAAGCAAG